UGCCCCGCUCAGUGUUGAUGCCGCUACCUCGCCGCUCGUGCGGGCUCCGCUGAAUCUGAUGGACUAGCCGGAGGUCUGCCGGUGGACUGUAUCGGGCUUGUAGCGGACUGGGUGACCCGCCGGACCAUGGCUGCCAAAGAGGAACUCUACAGCAAAAUCCUCCCUCGGAGGCUCCGGCAGAACCGGCCGGGCUCGGUGAAAUGUGGCUCCAACCUUGAUGUGCUGUUAUCCAUGGGCUUCCCCAGACCAAGGGCGCUGAAAGCUCUGGUAUCAACAGGAGGUCGGAGUGUGCAAGCAGCAUGUGACUGGCUGUUUUCCCAUGUGGACGACCCGUUCCUGGACGACCCUCUGCCCAGGGAGUUUGUCCUCUACUUGCGACCCAGUGGACCACUACAGAACCAGCUCUCCCACUUCUGGCAGCAGAGCCGGGUCACUUGUGGCAAAAACAAAGCCCACAACAUUUUCCCCCAUAUCACUCUCUGCCAGUUCUUCAUGUGUGCAGACCACAAAGUAGAAGCUCUAUGUGAGGCCCUCCAGGCCACCGUACAGCAGUGGCGGGGUCGAUUUCCCAGCCCGCUGCCCCUAGAGCUCUACACAUCAUCCAACUUCAUUGGUCUUUUUGUGGAGGAGCAGGUGGCCGACAUCCUCAAGCAGUUUGCAGCCGACUUUGCCACAGAGGCUGCUAGGAAGGCCGAAGUCCAUGUGGAGCCUCACAAGAAGCAGCUCCAUGUAACUCUGGCCUACAACUUCCCCACUGAUCAUCUCCCAUCAUUGGAGAAACUGGCCAAGGGCAUCGAAGUCAAGUUGGGCUGUGAUUGGCUGGCUGUCUUGUUCUCUCGGGACAUUCGUUUUGCUAACCAUGAGACUCUGCGGGUGAUGUACCCCUACAUGCCUCAGAAUGAGGAUGAGCUAGAGCUGGUUCCUGGGGAUUUUGUCUUCAUGUCUCCAGUGGACCAGAGUAGUACCAGUGAGGGCUGGGUGUACGGGACCUCACUGGCCACCGGGCUGUCUGGCCUGCUGCCUGAGAACUACGUCAGCCUGGCCGAUGAGUCUGACACCUGGGUCUUCCAUGGCUCCCAUUCAUUCUUCAGCUGCGGGCCCAGUGACAAGACCAUUAAGGAGAGAGGGAUGUUCGAUGGACUGCUGGACAGCCGACGCCCUGAUAACACGAGUCCUGGAGACACACCCACCCUUAGUCUCAUUUGUCAUCCAAUGCAGCAGGUCCUGCGGAUCAGUGGUAGUCACUCUCGGCAGUCAAAGCGCACGCUUUUUGUCUGCCGGCACGGUGAGAGGAUGGAUGUGGUCUUUGGCAAACACUGGCUCUCCCUCUGCUCAGAUAGUAAAGGUAGAUAUGUACGUUCCAAUCUGAACAUGCCUCCCAGUUUGCCACUGUGGGGGGGGCAGAGAGACUAUGACAUGGACACUCCUCUCACUGUGUUUGGAUCCACACAGGCUCGACUAGUGGGUGAGGCCCUCUUAGAGAGUAACACAGUGAUAGACUUUGUCUACUGUUCUCCAUCUCUGCGAUGUGUUCAGACUGCACAGAACAUCCUGAAAGGUCUGCAGCAGGAUGGUAAACUGAAGGUGAGAGUGGAACCUGGGCUUUUCGAAUGGACCAAGUGGGUUUCUGGGAACUCCUUGCCGGCGUGGAUACCCCCAACUGACCUGGCGGCAGCCCACUUCAGUGUGGACACAAUGUACAGACCUCUGAUCCCAGUUAGCAAGCUGACUGUGUCUGAAUCCUAUGAGAGCUACAUGAGUCGGAGCUACCAAGUGACCAAAGAUAUCCUGUCAGACUGCAAAAACACUGGAAACAACGUGCUGAUUGUAGCCCACGCUUCUUCCUUAGAGGCCUGCACACGCCAGCUGCAGGGCCGCAGCCCACAGAGCGCCAAGGACUUCAUCCAAGUAGUCCGAAAGAUCCCCUACCUGGGCUUCUGCUCCUGUGAGGAGCAGGGAGACACGGGGGUGUGGCAGUUAGUGGACCCUCCGAUCCUCCCCCUCACACAUGGACCAAACCACACCUUUGACUGGAGGGAAACACUGCUGCAAGAAUGAUGUCUGCUUUAACCGAACUCCCCCCAACCUGAUCAUACUGUACUCCCACAGACUGCAGAAACAAGUUUCAGACCAGUGCCCCCAGAAUACUGGAACUUUUUCUCUUCUUAGCUUCUUGACACAGCUAGCGGUGUCUUAGCACUGAGAGUUGACGGAGCUUCCAUCCCUGAAGAUGAGGAGCCACGUCCCAGUCGGUGAACUGGCUGGUUCCAGCAGUGAUAUAGCAAAGGUCCAUGCCCAAAAUUCAUCGGAUAAUUACUUUUUUGCCAGAACGAAGCAUGGCCGGGUCUUAGAUGAGCUGUGUCGGAGAGCGCUCACCUGAUAUUCAGCCAGAUGAUUCUUAGAUGUUGUCAGCCCAGUCUCAGGACGUUUUGUGAAAUUAGCCUUAGCUCUGCCUCUGUGCAUGAUUAGCAAGAAACAUACUUUUCCCAACGUGAGUAUUUUAGAUAAAGUAAGCAGGACUAAAACAGAAAAGUGACACUGAAGUAAAGCCAUCGGAAGCGAGGGUGUGGAAGUUGGAGAGUUUAGCCAGCUGUUAGCUCGGAAGACUCAGGUUCUGUUUCUAUUUACUUAAGUUGGUGUUAACAUGCACAACUGUAGUUUUGGUUUCUAUCAAAUCUGCUGCAAUGCAUUGUGGAUUUAUUAGCUACAAGAAGUGUUCAUGCUAUGUACAUUAGUUUUUUUCACUCCAUGGUUUGAAUUUUUGAGGACACCGUAUAGUACACGAUGUGUACAAUUCAGACAAGUGAACCAGAUAGUAAAUAGUGAUUUUGGACACAGCCUUCGAGCGUGACAAAUAUUUGAAAACUGCCUAACUCUUCGUACUCUGAGCUUAAUUCCUGCAUAUCUCAGCCUUCAACAUUUAAGCCUGAUAACAACAUGGCAGUUUUUGCUCCACUAAUGUCAAAGAUCUAAUAACAAAGUUGUUUCACCUUCAAUCAUUCAUCCAGGAGCUUUAUUUUCUGGUGUGAGUGGCCCCGGACUUGGUAGUUGCAGGUUGGUAUUUGUUGGCAUACUGGGGGGACAGUAGCUAAAUGUUUGCAUAAUUUAUGUCCACAAAAUCUGAUUUGCAUUUGAGUUUGUGCUUAUUUCAUAAAACCUAAGGAGACUAUUGAAUAUUAAGAAUUUGUAAUGAGAGUAUAUAACAGUUCCUGCACAGAUCCCGGUAGCAUGUCCACUUCGUCCUACGUGUGAAUAAGGACACAUGGGCUGUUGACUCCGCUCAGCUUGAACCACAGAGCUCCUGACCAGAGUGAAGACAGACCUUACAAAUUGUUUGAAAAGAAAUGCCAUCUUUGUUCCUGCUUGCCCCGCUUCAGUAGCUGAGGGAAGGCGUAACGGCGCCGGCUUCAAGUCUUUAUCAGGGACUUUCCUGAUGCUACCCACAUAAUGUGGCCCCUCAUGUUGGCGCCACAUGUAGCACAUACAGUACAGCUGUGUCCUCUACCAGUCAUGUAGUGAAUGCAAAAAAAUCAAACACCCACAACUAUAACAGCACAACCUGCACUAUUGACAAUCAUACAGUAGCUUCUGAUUCUGGUCCAGCAACAUUUUGAGUCUGUGUUUGUUGUAUGUUGUUCAGGGGUUCAGAGUAGCUGUAAAUAAUCAUAUUUUGAAAAAAAAAA